CUGCGACGGCGCGGGAGCCUUGCGCACAGAAUUCGGCUUGGCUAACUAAAGAAGAGUUUAGUUAAAGUAUCUCCCCUCCUGACCCAACUUCCAACUUCCAAGAUCGGGAGGAGAGGAUGGAAGAAAAAAAAAAAAGUAGCCACGCUCAAAAUGGCGGAAAACUUGAAGCCGGGGACGCAAGCAGCGGAAGCGGAAGCGCGAGCGCGUUUGCGGCUUCCAUGUGCAGCUCCUAGUGUGGAGAACGGCGCCGGCUGCGAGCGGGCGGCGUGGGGCCUGCCGGUGUGCUAGUGCUGGCACCCGGGAGACGGAGAGCGGAAUCCCGCGCUCUGGGCAGAGAUCCCCACCUUCUGCCUUCUCCUCCGGCUGAGUGACUCUCCCCCUCCGCCAUGGGCAAGAAGGGCAAAGUCGGGAAGAGCCGGCGGGACAAAUUCUACCACUUGGCGAAGGAGACCGGUUAUCGUUCCCGCUCUGCUUUCAAGCUGAUCCAGCUCAAUCGCCGCUUUCAGUUCCUGCAGAAAGCCCGAGCCUUGUUGGACCUGUGUGCAGCCCCAGGGGGAUGGCUGCAGGUGGCUGCCAAGUUUAUGCCUGUGUCCAGCCUCAUUGUGGGAGUGGACCUGGUUCCCAUCAAGCCCCUUCCCAAUGUGGUAACACUCCAGGAGGACAUCACGACAGAGCGUUGUAGGCAGGCCCUGAGGAAGGAGCUGAAGACCUGGAAAGUUGAUGUUGUGCUCAAUGAUGGGGCACCCAAUGUCGGGGCAAGCUGGGUUCAUGAUGCUUACUCUCAAGCCCAUUUGACACUGAUGGCUCUGCGUCUGGCCUGUGAUUUUCUGGCCCGCGGUGGCUGCUUCAUCACAAAGGUGUUCCGUUCCCGUGACUAUCAGCCCCUGCUGUGGAUCUUUCAGCAGUUGUUCCACCGCGUCCAGGCCACCAAGCCCCAAGCUUCUCGCCAUGAAUCUGCAGAGAUCUUUGUCAUCUGUCAGGGAUUCCUGGCCCCUGACAAGGUCGACAGUAAAUUCUUUGACCCUAAGUUUGCCUUCAAGGAGGUUGAAGUUCAGGCCAAGACUGUUACUGAGCUGGUCACUAAGAAGAAGCCGAAGGCUGAAGGCUAUGCCGAGGGUGAUCUCACACUUUAUCACCGUACCUCAGUUACUGACUUCCUCCGAGCUGCCAACCCUGUUGACUUUCUCUCCAAAGCCAGUGAGAUCUCGCUGGAUGAUGAAGAGUUGGCACAGCAUCCAGCUACCACUGAGGACAUACGUUCAUGCUGUCAGGACAUCAAAGUGCUUGGCCGUAAGGAGCUUAGGUCCCUACUGAACUGGAGAACCAAGCUUCGGCGCUAUGUGGCCAAGAAGCUGAAAGAGCAAGCAAAAGCGCUGGAUAUCAGCCUUAGCUCGGGAGAGGAGGAGGGUGAUGAGUCAACAACCACAAUGCAGCUCUCUAAGGAGGAGGAGGAGGAGGAACAACUGAAUCGAACUCUUGCAGAGAUGAAGGCCCAGGAGGUGGCAGAACUAAAGAGGAAGAAAAAGAAACUUCUGCGGGAGCAGAGAAAGCAGAGGGAGCGCGUGGAGCUGAAGAUGGAUCUGCCUGGGGUUUCCAUUGCAGAUGAAGGGGAGACUGGCAUGUUCUCCCUGCGCACCAUCCGUGGUCACCAGCUGUUAGAGGAGGUGACACAAGGGGACAUGCGUGCUGCAGACACGUUUCUGUCUGAUCUGCCGAGAGACGACAUCUAUGUGUCCGAUGCUGAGGAUGAUACUGAUGCAUCUCUGGAUAGCGACCUGGAUUCAGAGGAGCUGGCGGGAGUUGGAGGACCUCAGAGCCUGACGCGCCAAAAGCGUGUACAGUUUGCUGAAGCAGAUGACGAUAAAACAGAGGAGGAAGAGAAUCCCCUGCUGGUGCCCCUGGAGGAAAAGGCAGCGCUGCAGGAAGAGCAGGCCAGCCUGUGGUUCUCAAAGGGUGGCUUCAGUGGGAUUGAGGAUGACGCAGACGAGGCCCUGGAGAUCAGCCAGGCCCAGCUGCUGCACAAGAGCCGUCGGAAGGGGCAGCCACAGCCGCCAUCACUGCCGCAGACUUCCAGUGUGAAGGUUAAACCUCCCUUGCGCUCAGAAGAGGCCACUAAGCGGGCAGAGUCUCCUUCAGGGACAGGGGCUAGCACUGGCGUUGGAGGGGAAGAAAGAGAUGACAGCUCAGACAGUGACAGCAGCAGCAGUGAGGAUGAAAACUGCCGGGACACACAGCGGGGCAAGAAGCGAAGCCGGGGACCUCAAUCAGAUGCCGAUGCUGGGUUUGAGAUCGUGCCUAUCGAGGAUCCAGCGAAACACCGAAUACUGGACCCUGAAGGUCUUGCUCUAGGCGCUGUUAUUGCCUCUUCAAAAAAGGCUAAGAGAGACCUCAUAGAUAAUUCCUUCAGCAGGUACACGUUUAAUGAGGACGAGGGGGAGCUUCCAGAGUGGUUUGUGCAGGAGGAAAAGCAGCACAGGAUACGGCAGCUACCUAUCGACAAGAAGGAAGUGGAGCAUUACCGCAAACGCUGGCGGGAAAUCAACGCACGUCCCAUCAAGAAAGUGGCUGAGGCGAAGGCCAGAAAGAAACGGAGGAUGCUGAAGAAGCUGGAGCAAACCAAGAAGAAGGCAGAAGCUGUGGUGAACACUGUGGACAUCUCGGAGCGAGAGAAAGUGGCACAGCUUCGGAGUCUAUACAAGAAGGCUGGACUUGGCAGGGAAAAGCGCCAAGUGACUUACGUUGUAGCCAAAAGAGGCGUGGGCCGCAAAGUGCGGCGGCCUGCUGGGGUCAGAGGUCAUUUUAAGGUGGUGGACUCAAGGAUGAAGAAGGACCAAAGAGCCCAGCAGCGGAAGGAGCAGAAGAAAAAACAUAAGCGGAAGUGAGCAGACUGCCCAGGCCAGGCCCUGAUGGGAAGACAGCCUAGCAGGAGCAGCGACUCAACUGCUUCUCAGCCUUCCCCUUGCUUGCAGCCGGAGAGGACAGUGAGAGGAGCUGCCCAGGACACUUCUCGGGGGUCCCAAGUGUGGUGAGGGAGGACACCCUCCUCCUGUCACCACAGUGCUGGGUAGACACCUGUGAGGAGCAGGCACCGCUGCAGCCCCCCACCCUGGGAAGGACGAUGCACUACUGGAUGAAAAAAUGCCUCUUCACAAUCAUAGUGGGCAAAUUCAGCUCUGGGGUAGCAUUCAUUAGUCUAUUUUGGGGCAGAUGGGGCUCUCAAAUUUCCCUCUAUUAUUACCUAAAUAAAACCAGGAUGAUGUCUUUUCUGAUCAUUU